CUUCAACAGCUACCAAGUCAAUCAUCAGAUCUUGCGAAAUAUCCAUUUCGCAACGUCAAAUCUGAGAGACAUGACAUCCUCUGUGCUAUUUCAAGGUCGUGAAGAAGACAAUGUUCUCAAACUACUUGAGGACUUAUUGAAUGCUGAAACCUCUAAGGAUUGUGCCAAUAUUGGCGAAAAAAUUGGAGAAAUUUUCAAACAGGAUGAGCCUUUAAUUACCUUAAAGACUACUGGCUUCUUAGAUGGAUUAGAAAAGGCUGCUCGUAAUAAGAAGUCAGGCUUCCAUAGGGAGUCUGCUAUGAUCGGGUUUGCAUCAGUUAUUCCAAAGAUCGGCCGUCCUUGUGAAGUCGAUUUCCUUCCUUAUCUUCCAGUAAUGCUCGACUUGUUUUCUGACAGAGGUGAGGUAGUGAGAGCUGCUGCAAAAAUGGCCACUGACUCCUUACUCAAUAUUCUUCCUUCUGUCUCGGUCGAAACUCGUUUGAUUCCCUCUUUAAUUGAGUACUUGAAUAGCUCAGCUGUUAAAUGGCCGAGUAAGGUGGCUGCUCUUGAGUUACUUGGCUCAUUGGCGAAAACAUUCCGUAACGCCAUUGCCGUUGCAAUGGGUUCUUUGAUUCCCUGCAUUCGUGAACGUAUGCAUGACACUAAAGGUGAAGUCUCUCGUGCUGCGAUUAAGUGCAUGUUGGACCUCUGCACUGUUGUUGAAAAUAAUGACAUUAUUCCUCAUAUUCCCAAAUUGGUUGACUGCAUGGCCCAUCCAGAGACUUUGGAAGAGUGUAUUAAAGACUUAAGUGCCACUACCUUCGUUGCUACAGUUGAAUCCGUGGCUUUGGCAGUUUUGGUUCCCAUUUUAAAGCGUGCCCUUGCUGAGCGUUCCCAAAUCAUGCUCCGUAUGACUGUAAUCAUUACUGACAAUUUGUGUAAGCUUGUUCCCGAUCCCGCUGAAGCUUCUGACUUCCUUCCAGAAUUGAUUCCAGAAGUUGAAAGAAUUGCACAGGGUGCUGCUAUGCCUGAAGUUCGUGCUCUUGCAUCUCAUGCCCUUACUACCUUAAAUAAGGCUGCGGCCGCUCAAGCUGCUAAGGCCGCCAAUGAUGCGGAGAGACAAGCUGUUUCUGGUGUUCGUUCCAGAAUUCAUCAGUUCGUCACCGAACAUGCAAAGUGUCCCCAGAACUUUAAUAUGGGAGAAGUUUUGGAUUACGUUUGUGAUGCCUAUGUUGCCUUCUACAACAAUAAGCAGUUCCAGAAGGAAUCUUGGGUUAAUGAAAUGGGUAUUCCUUACUUGUCUCCUUUUGUUGGUGAAAGCGCUGCCGCUGAAUCGGUUACCAAAGCUUAUGAUGAUCUCCACUCAUUUUACCAAUCUUUGAACGGUCCCGAUAUUUCAACUCUGAAUAUUGAGGAGGAAGAACUUGUUAAUACAGAUUUUUCACUCGCUUAUGGUGGUCGCUUACUUUUGAAUCACACCAAUUUGCGUCUUUAUAGAGGUCAUCGUUAUGGUGUUGUCGGUCAUAACGGUUGUGGUAAAUCUACCUUACUUAAGGCUAUUGCUGAUUAUAAGGUUGAAAACUUUCCCGCUCCUGAACAAGUAAAGACUUGCUUUGUAGCUCAUAGCUUACAAGGGGAAGAUACUAGUAUUUGCAUCCUUGAUUUCGUCGCUAAUGACCCAGCUUUAGCUAACAUGAAUGUUACUCGUGAGGAAGCUGCAGCUGCAUUAAAGUCAGUCGGCUUCACAGAAGAUAUGCAAAAAGAUGCAGUGGCUUCUUUGUCAGGUGGUUGGAAGAUGAAGUUAGAAUUAGCACGUGCCAUGUUACAGAAAGCUGAUAUCCUUUUGUUGGACGAACCGACUAACCACUUGGACGUUACCAAUAUUGCAUGGUUGGAAGCUUAUUUGACUGCUCAAACUCAGAUCACCUGUCUUAUGGUUUCUCACGAUUCCUCUUUCUUAGAUCAUGUAUGUACGGAUAUUAUUCACUACGAAGGUGUGAAGAAUGCACCCAAGAAAUUGGGCUACUUCCCUGGCAACCUUUCCAGCUUCGUCGAAAAGAAACCCGAAGCUAAGUCAUAUUAUACACUUUCAGCUACAAAUGAAAAGUUUGUUUUCCCUCCACCUGGUAUCCUUGCUGGCGUGCGUUCUAAUACGAGAAUCAUUUUGAAGAUGACCAAUGCAAGUUACAGUUAUCCAGGUUCCUCCAAGAAGUCGCUGGAUGACGUUACUUGCGGUCUUUCUUUAUCUUCCCGUGUUGCUAUUCUCGGUCCCAAUGGUGCUGGUAAGUCUACCCUUAUUAAAGUACUCAUUGGUGAGGUUAUACCUCAAGAAGGCCGUGUUUUCAAGCAUCCUAACCUCCGUGUUGGUUACGUAGCACAACAUGCUUUCCAUCAUUUGGAUCAACAUUUGGAAAAGACUCCCAGCCAAUAUAUUCAAUGGAGAUACAGUGGUGGUCAAGAUCGUGAAGUUUUGGAGAAGGAGACCCGUAAGUUAACUGAUGAGGAUCGUGCUCAACUUCAACGUGAAAUCACCGUUGAUGGUGAACGCCGUAGGGUCGAAGCUUUGAUUGGUCGUCAAAAGUAUAAGAAAUCCUUCCAAUAUGAAAUCAAAUGGCUUGGAAAGCCUCACAAGUACAAUAGCUGGAUUCCUCGAGAUCUGUUGCUUGAAAAUGGUUUCCAAAAGUUUGUCCAAGCGUUUGAUGAUAGAGAAUCAUCUCGUGAAGGUUUGGGCUUCAGAGAACUUAUCCCUGAAGAUAUUCGCAAGCACUUUGAAGAAAUUGGUCUUCCUGGUGACAUUGCAGACUACAGUCCUUUGAGUAGCUUGUCUGGUGGUCAGAAGGUCAAGGUUGUGAUUGCGGCUUGUUUGUGGAAUAAUCCUCAACUUUUGGUUUUGGAUGAACCUACAAACUUUUUGGAUAGAGACGCUCUCGGUGGUUUAGCAACUGCUAUUCGUGACUGGGGUGGUGGUGUUGUCAUGAUUUCUCACAACGCUGAGUUUGUUUCUGCACUUUGUCCUGAACAAUGGCAUGUUGUAGCUGGUAAGCUUACAAACAAAGGCAAGUCUGCUGUUGACAAUGAGAAGUUUGAGGAUUUGUCUGAGAAGGAUUUGAAGAAGAUCGAAUCCAAGACAACUAAGAAGAAGAAGCUUACCAGAAACGAAAUGAAAAACAAAGAGCGCCGUGCUCGUGACAGAGAACUUGCUUGGUUAUCUUCUCCUAAGGGUACUCCAAAGCCAAAGACUUUCUUCUCUGAUGAUGAAGAGUAAACGAUUGCUGUACAGUAUAUUAUCUGUAUGGUCUAGCGCUUUAACAUUUGAUUUACUUUCUUCUUUGUUAGGGAAAGUGAAUUUUUAAUUGAACGGGUUAUUAAUUUAUACAUCAUUUUACAAAGUUGGAUGAUCUACAAAACAAUAAUAGUUUUAGAUGUGGGUUUGGUUUGGUGCUUAAUAGAUAUUUAACUAGACAGGUAUAUCCAGUUUUUGAUUUAAAUAAUACAUUUAGGCUUUUAAAGCUUGAUUUUUUCUUUAGUUGCAAAGUGUAUAUGGAGUAUGAUUCAAAAGCAAAUACGACAAAUGCACAGCG